AUGACGUCCUCAACAAAAACGACGUUCAUCGCGUCGACCUUUCCGGAAAACCCGCUCCCGACCGCCGACUUCUCACCGCCUGCGUCUUCAUGCUCCGGCAUCUACCUCACAAACAACGUCUACGCCAUCGACAACGACCUCAAAUGCCUGCCCAGCAAGUUCAACGGCGCCAGCACCGCGUUCUACUCCCCCGGCACCGCCUGCCCGACGGGCUACACCGCCCAGCCGCAGUGCUCGCGUAACGGCGGCGUCCGCUCCGUCACGACCGUUACCUGCUGCCCCUACCGCGGCGACAUGACGCUGUCUUGCGUCGAGGAUGACAUGACGCUUGCGGGCGUUUGGGAGACGCAGUUCUGCACAUGGAUGGCCGGCCCUGCCACCGUCGUCGACAUUACAUGGACGGACGACGACGCUGUGGGUACCCAGGCCGUGACGAUGAAGAACCGAGAUGGUGUGAAUGCGUGGGGUAUCAGGAUGGUGUACCAGGCGAGCGACCUCGUGCCGAAGACGACGUCGGCAGCGACCACUGCACCGACGCUGACGGAGACGGCUGAGACGGGGAGCAGCGCGACGGCCGCCGCAACUGCGGCCGAGACGGGAACCGCAGCGGGAGCGAGUAGCACCAGCACUAGCAGCAGCGGUGUAAGCAAGGGUUUAUCGACAGGCGGCAUCAUCGGCGUGGCGGUCGCCGUACCACUCGUCCUGAUCGCGGCGCUCGUGGGCUUGUUCUUGUGGUGGAGGCGGCGGAAGCACCGAUACGCGGGCGUGAAGCCCGUCGACACGACGCCGACGGCGCCCGAGAUGGACGGGCAAUCGUCCGUGGGCGGCGAGCAGAGCGCGUAUGCGUACCAGAACCAGCAGUACGCGCAGCACCCGCAACAGCCGCCGCCGGUGCAGGAAAUGACGGGGACGGAUGUUGCGGGGUACUACAACAACGACAAGGUGCUGAUGAACCCGGGGAUGGCGGCGGGUCAUACGCAGUUCAAGGGGUGGACGCAACCGACGCAGGUGGCUGAGCUGGGGACCGGAGAGGGGCCGACGGAGCUGCCUGCGGACAACAGCCGGACGUAG